AUGAAGGUGCUGAUUUUCCUCCAAAUAGCAGCCUUAGCUGCACAUUCACUGGGUCAACAGGACUGCUCACGCGGGGCCUGCUAUCCCCCAGCACAAGAUUUGCUCCUGGGACGGGGCCAGCAUCUUACAGCCACCUCUACAUGUGGUCUGACAGGGACAGAGGUUUUCUGCACCCCCUUUGGGCAGUGGAAGAUGAAAUGCUGCCCAUGUGACUCACGGAAUCCCUUGAGCCGAAAUGCUCACACCAUCCAGAAUGUUCUCUCAAGUGCUGGCCCUGAGAGAUGGUGGCAGUCCAGGAAAGAUGCUAACCCUGUCACUUUGGAGUUGGACCUGCAGACCAUGUAUCAGUUAGACACCCUGAUGCUUUCCUUCAAGGGACCUCGGCCUGGUGCUCUGGUGAUUGAGAAGACCAGCGACUUUGGCAAAACGUGGCGUCCUGCUUUGUACAUGGCCACGGACUGUCGGUCCACAUUCCCACAUGUUAGCGCCUCCAAGCCAAGUAAAAUGAAUGAGACCUACUGCUACACUUUGCCCCCACUUCCAGGCAACCCAUACGUGGACCAGAGGAUCCACUUCCACCCUCUGCAACAGUUAUCGAACAUCCCCAUCCCUGACAGCCAAAAAAUUGAAGGGGUGACAGGUAUCACUGGUCUCCGUGUCAAGCUUGUCGAGCUUGGCCAAGUGCCCAGGAUGCCCGGACGGACACCCAGUCGUUUUUACGCCCUCAGAGAGAUGAAAGUCAUGGGCUCCUGUUUCUGUCAUGGUCACGCCAGCCGCUGCAUGCCCGGCACCACCUCCAACCAAAUCCCCAACACAGAGGUAUUUGCUGUAUGCGAGUGCCAACAUAACACUGUAGGUCCAAACUGUGACCGCUGUGCAGAUCUGUACAAUGAUCUACCAUGGAGACCAGCAGAGGCAGGCAAUCCACACACAUGCAAACGUUGUGAAUGUAAUAACCACGCUCAGAAGUGCCGUUUUGACCGUGAGGUGUUUGAAGCCAGCGGACGGAGGAGCGGUGGAGUGUGUGAGGGGUGUAUGCACCAUACCACAGGGCCCAAAUGUGAUCGAUGCGCCCCCAACUACUACCCUAACCCCAGGAGCAACAUGCAACGCCCAGACGCCUGUUUGCCAUGCCAGUGUAAUGCAGCGGGGGCAGAGAACGGAGGCCAGUGUGACCAGACAACGGGCACAUGUCGCUGCAAGGCGAACGUCGAGGGGCCAAACUGUGACCGUUGCAAAAGUGGAUACUAUGGCCUGAGUGCCUCUAACCCUCUCGGCUGCUCAAGGUGUUACUGCAAUGCUCAGGGUUCCCUGUCCAGCUCCUGUGACCCUGUGACUGGUCAGUGUCGCUGUCGUCCUCACGUCCAGGGGCUGGCGUGUGACCGCUGUGCUGCAGGCUACUGGAAUCCCACUUCCCCCUACGGCUGUGAGCUCUGCAACUGUGACCCUACAAACUCCCUUAGCAACAUCUGUGAUCAGUUCACGGGACAGUGUCAGUGUCGGUCAGGGUUUGGGGGACGCACCUGCGGUGGAUGUCCUGACAAUACUUAUGGAGACCCGUUUACAGGCUGCAGAUCUUGCAACUGUGACAGUGCUGGGACCGUGUCCGGGGGGUGCGACAAACGCACGGGGGCCUGCCGCUGUCGACUGGGGGUGACGGGCGCACGCUGCGACACCUGCAGUCGUGGACACUGUGGUGGAUUCCCUGACUGCCAGGUGUGCCCCUCCUGCUUCUUCACCCUGGACCAGCAGCUGCAGGACCUUAUGCUGAAGCUGGAAAGUCUCUCCUCCCCCUUAGGCCCCAACCCAGAUCCAACUGGUGAAAAUCUGGGUCCUCAAAUUAGGCACCUUGAAAAUAUCCUCUCCCAGAUCAACAAAUCUCUGCCUCUUCCUCUGCGCUCUCACAAUCUUUAUUCUGACGUGAGCGGAGAUCUGAACAAGCUAAGAGAUCAGAUUGAGAAGCUGAACGAUGAGCUUUCGUCUCCCAUGAGACCCCAGGAUUUUGAAGAGAGACUGAUGAGGAUCUUAGCGCUGUUUGCACAACUCAGUGUUGAGUACAAUACCAACAAAGAUGUUUUCAGGAAUGCUACAACGACUGAUAACAAAGGAGCAUUUUCGACAAUAGAGAAUGCGUAUAAAGAAUCAACGAAGGCACUGAAGGAAGCAGACGCCAGUGGGAAGACGGUGGAGAAAUCAGCAGGAAUCAGACAAGAUGCUCUGGACACGCUGAAUCAGGUCCAGCCAGCAAAUACCAGAGAUUUGGAAAAACUCAAUGAGGACAUGGCAUCGAGACCCAAUCUCACACCCACUGCUCAAAAGGUGUGCGGCAGCACCAGAAAGACUCCCUGUACUCCACAGCAGUGUGAUGGAGAUCUGUGCCCCCCAGACGGGGUACCUCCUUGCACUCCGGGUGAGCCUUGUGUGGGAGCUCUGCCUAAGGGAACCAAAGCUGUGGAGGACACAGAGAAAGUCAGAGUCAAAUUACAGGAGCUGAAUGAUAAGAUUGCUGAAGCCACAGCACAGAUUCAAGAAUCUCAGGAAUCAGCCAAUCGGGCCAGGACGUCAACCGACGAUCUGGCCAAUCAGAUCAAGCAGGCCCGUGAUGACUUGGAUGAAGACUUAAAGGACACGAAAGACUUUGUGAAGAAGUUAAAAGAUUUCCUGUCAGACACCUCAUCAGACCCUGCCCAUAUCCAGGCGGUGGCAGAGGGGAUCCUCAAUGCUAAGCUGCCUCUCAGCCUUGCUGCACUCAAGAGGAAACUGAAGGAAAUCCAAGAGCUUGCCUCCAACCUACCAGACAGCAGUAAGGUCCUGGAGGAGACCGGCCCGCAGCUUGAUAAAGCACGAGAGCUCCUGGAGGAGGCCAAGAAGGCCAGAGAUGCAGCAUUGGGUGUGCAACAGGAUGUAGAGGGCCUAUUGACUGCCUUGGAUGAACAGGAGGAUAUCUUCAGUGACAUGAAUGACAACGUUACUAAGAGCCUGGACAUCCUAGAUGAUGUUAAGCAGAACAUUGAGAAGAUUGAAGAUCAGCUGGGUCCAGCACUGAAGACUCUAGGUGAAGUCACUGGUGUGGUAGAAGAGCUUCGUCCUCAGCUUGACAAUCUGAAAGAUCUGGCAGAGACGACCGACCGGCUGGCAGAAAAAGCUGGAAACACAGCUGCUGAUGCUGAGGGAGGCGCCACAAGAGCAGCCGAGGAUCUAGUGAAUCUAGAGGAGCAACUGGAGAAGCUCAAAAAGGCUGCGGAGAAUAACGAACAAACAGGCGCAGCUGGGGAGCAGCUCCAGAAACUACAAGAGGAGGCUGGCUCGCUCCUCGAGGACACAGCAGGCAUAAUGAAGGCCCUGACAGAUAAAGAGGCCUAUCUCCUGCAGGCCACAGAGGAUCUGGAGCAGAAGACUAACAAGCUGACAGGCCUGGAAGAGAAGUUGAAGGCUCUGUUGGCCAAUAUUCGUAGACGGGCCACAGAGCUGUCCAUUUGCCAGGGCUAA